UUAACCGCGAAAGCUAAGCUCAAAGCAAACAAAUAUCCACUCCGGCAACGUAUCUUCCUCCACAUAAACUCCCCGCUCGACUCCACAGAAGAAAUAUCGCAGUUGCCAGUCCCACCCCCCUCCUCAAAACCUCUCUAAAACCUCCAUUCCCAAAUCCUUCUGCACCGCCAUCUCUCUCUCUCUCUCUCUCAAUGUCCGCGCUAUGUCCAGUGCCGGAGAUACCCACGCGUUUCUUCUCCAAGCCCGAGCCCGGCUCCGGCACCCUGUGGAGCGUCUUCUUCGCCGCCGGGUUCCCUCGCUCCUCCAGGGCCAACCGCACCUUCCGCAUAGCCAACGCCGUCUACACCGAGGGCGUCUCCUCCCUCGGCACCCCGAAGCUCGCCGGCCAACGGCGGGACAGGUCGUCCUCGGAGCCCGAGGGGGACGCGAUUUCGCUCCUCAACGAGAGGAUCCGCCGCGAUCAGGGCAGCCGAGAGGCGUCGAGGAACGCGAUGGACUCGGAGGAGGCCGAGAAGUACAUCCGGCUGGUGAAGGAGCAGCAGCAGCGGGGGCUGCAGAAGCUCAAGGGGGACCGCGAAGUGAAGGACGGGGUGUUCAGCUACAAGGUUGACCCCUACGAGCUUCGCUCUGGGGAUUACGUGGUCCAUAAGAAGGUAGGUAUUGGGAGGUUUGUCGGAAUCAAGUUCGAUGUGCCCAAGGGUUCAGCGGAGCCGAUAGAGUAUGUUUUCAUCGAGUAUGCGGACGGAAUGGCGAAGCUUCCUGUUAAGCAAGCGUCCCGCAUGCUUUAUCGUUACAAUCUUCCAAAUGAAACAAAAAGACCCCGGACAUUGAGCAAACUGAGUGAUACUAGUGCGUGGGAGAGAAGAAAGACUAAAGGAAAGGUUGCAAUCCAGAAAAUGGUUGUCGACUUGAUGGAACUAUAUCUACAUAGGCUUAAACAGAGAAGGCCUCCCUAUCCAAAAAAUCCUGCCAUGGCUGAGUUUACUGCCAAAUUUCCUUAUGUGCCCACUCCGGAUCAAAAACAGGCUUUUAUUGAUGUCGAGAGGGAUCUGACAGAGAGGGAAACUCCAAUGGACAGGUUAAUUUGCGGCGAUGUUGGAUUUGGUAAAACUGAAGUUGCACUACGUGCAAUCUUUUGUGUCAUCUCGGCAGGGAAGCAAGCUAUGGUUUUGGCACCAACGAUUGUUCUAGCCAAACAGCAUUUUGAUGUUGUCUCUGAACGAUUCUCGCACUACCCCAACGUAAGGAUUGGACUUUUGAGCCGAUUUCAGACCAGGUCUGAAAAAGAAGAGUAUCUUAACAUGAUCAAGGAUGGCCAUCUGGAUAUCAUUGUUGGUACUCAUUCACUUCUUGGAAGUCGUGUAGUGUACAAUAAUCUCGGGCUUCUUGUGGUGGAUGAGGAACAGAGAUUUGGUGUCAAACAGAAGGAGAAGAUUGCUUCAUUUAAAACUUCAGUUGAUGUUCUCACUCUCUCGGCAACACCCAUACCACGUACCCUUUAUUUAGCACUGACCGGGUUUCGUGAUGCAAGUUUAAUUUCAACCCCACCUCCAGAAAGAGUUCCUAUAAGGACUCAUCUUUCAGCCUUCAGCAAAGAGAAAGUAAUUCAAGCAAUCAAGUAUGAGGUAGAUCGAGGUGGCCAAGUUUUUUAUGUUUUGCCGAGGAUUAAAGGACUUGAAGAAGUGAUGGAGUUUCUUGAACAGUCAUUCCCAGAUAUUGAGAUCGCUAUUGCACAUGGCAAGCAAUAUUCAAAGCAGCUUGAGGACACCAUGGAGAAAUUUGCUCAAGGUGAUAUUAAAAUUUUAAUAUGCACAAACAUUGUGGAGAGUGGCCUUGACAUUCAAAAUGCAAAUACCAUUAUCAUUCAAGAUGUUCAACAAUUUGGACUUGCACAACUCUAUCAGUUGCGUGGAAGGGUGGGGCGCUGUGAUAAAGAGGCUCAUGCACACUUGUUCUACCCUGAUAAGUCGCUGCUAUCUGAUCAAGCCCUGGAGAGGCUUGCUGCUCUCGAGGAAUGCCGUGAACUUGGCCAAGGUUUCCACCUUGCAGAGAGAGAUAUGGGUAUAAGAGGCUUUGGUACUAUCUUCGGCGAGCAACAGACAGGCGAUGUGGGGAAUGUCGGCAUUGAUCUCUUCUUUGAAAUGCUAUUUGAGAGCUUGUCAAAGGUAGAGCAGCAUCGUGUACUUCCAGUUUAUUACCGAGAUGUCCAGAUUGAUAUAAGUAUAAAUCCCCAUCUUCCUUCGGAGUACAUAAAUCAUCUUGAGAACCCCAUGGAAAUUAUAGAUGAAGCCGAGAAAGCUGCUGAGAAAGACAUAUGGAGCUUGAUGCAGUUUACAGAAAAUUUGCGUCGGCAAUAUGGAAAAGAGCCUCGUUCCAUGGAGAUUUUGUUGAAGAAGCUUUAUGUGAGAAGAAUGGCAGCAGACCUUGGAAUUUCGAGGAUCUAUGCUUCAGGAAAGAUGGUUGGAAUGAAAACAAACAUGACUAAACAUGUUUUCAAACUAAUGACAGAUUCAAUGGUCUCUGAUAUGCACAGAAAUUCAUUGGUAUAUGAGGGAGACCACGUUAAGGCCGAGCUGCUUUUGGAGCUUCCAAGAGAGCAACUCCUGAAUUGGAUUUUUCAAUGCUUGACAGAACUAUAUGCUUCAUUACCGGCUCUGAUAAAGUACUAGAUAUGCGGACACCAUGUGUCAACAGUUCUGGCUCCAGCAUUUGACUGCCAAACUCUAUAAUGCAAAUUAAGAUGGAUUAUAUGCGUCAGCAGCUUCACCAAAAUCAAGGCCAGUUGGCUCGGUUGUGGUGUGUGCCUGGGGUGAUCUCACACAAGGAAGGCUAGAUGACUUUCCAUGAGCUAACAUGAAGUUGGUCUAAAAGAGUGCAGACAGUUUAAGGGUAUGGAGGUAGCAACAUUGGGAGGUCAGCUCAAUGGCGUGCCUGGUUAUGAACAUUACUGCAAUAUAUAUACCUUCAACAAACAGAUUCACCACCCAGGAGAUCUAUGCAGUGCUGUUGCUGAAUUAUGGGUGAAGAGAGAAGGGG